AUGCGUCCUGAUCUCAUUCUUCUCGUGGGCUUCGCUGGGCCAUCAGCAGCAGUUCCCAUCCUGGACAGCUACAUCAGCUUCCGUAAGUCAUGGGCAUCUGCUUCUACCAGACUGAACAGCGUAAUCGCUGAAAUGCCCACCAUUUAUCCUGGUAAAGGGUCCGUCCCUCCUGGAGCAGCAGCCUCUACCACCGGCACCGCUGCUGUGCCGGAUGCUUGCUCCUGUGACACCUGCUCCUGUGGCAACAAGGCGUCCGCGACCUCGACAGCAUCAGCCGGAUUGGUCACUUCGGGAUCAACACCAGCACCACCAGCUGUAGUCACUACAACUUCUACUCUCACCACUUCUGCUACACCCUCUUCUGGCGAAGUCGAGAGUGGCAGCACCUCUGUCUCAGCGGCUUCUUCGACUGUCAACCUACGCGCAACGACAACAACCACAACCGUUACGAUGACCAGGCCAGUUUCAACCGCUGCAGCCGAUCCUGCCUUCACCACUAAAGGCUCUCAUCACCACCAGGCUCAUACUUCUGAUGGUGAAGCACACAGGUCCGAACAUGGUUGGGACUCUCUCGAUCGUGAAGUUAGCUCCACUAAGAAGUCUAGGCUGCUCCGUCGCCACAAAGACGAGAAGGGUAAAGACUUGCUUCUGAAGGACAAAGAAAUGGAAGUGCGGUACCUCGAGGAACAAAGUAAGAGGUUGUGGAAAGCGGCACAUGACUGGGGAAAAGUUCUUGAGCAGUACACCGCAGAUUUCCAAAAGACAAACGACCUGGCGAACUGCCACAUGGUAACGGAAGAGGGCGCGAAGGCAGGGGAGGUCAUUGGCGAGAAGCGGAUUGUUCUAAAACGUAUCAAGUCGGUGAGCGAUCGAGCUGAUCGUUAUGCACGCAUACAAGAAAAAUGGUUGCUUGACGCCAAGAAGGAGCUUGCCCAGUGGAAAAAGGCGGCGAGAGAGGUACAGGGCUUGUGCCAUGAAGAAAUUCUUCGCAAAGAGGAUUUUAGGAAGCAUGCUUCAAGCCACAACCCUGAGAAGCGCUCAGAAGCCAAAGAUGCCGGGGAGCAGAACAAGCAGAAGCAGAAGCAGGAGGAGGAGAAGAAGCAGAAGCAGGAGAAGGAGAAGGAGAAGGAGAAGGAGAAGGAGAAGGAGAAGGAGAAGGAGAAGGAGAAGGAGAAGGAGAAGGAGAAGGAGAAGGAGAAGGAGAAGGAGAAGGAGAAGGAGAAGGCCGACGCUAUCAAAGAAGAGCCUACUGAAAAAUCCGACCUUGAGAAGUACGAAGACGCUCUCUAUGGAAAGAUUGGGGAGCAGAUCAAGGAGAAAAUCGGGAAUGAUAAGAGCAAAGGUCGCCACUCUCCUAUUGAGAAGGGAGAAAAGCCCGCUUUCGUGAUCACUAAAGAGUUCAAGGUCUAUAAGUGUGACGACGAAAAGGGCUGCAAGGAGGACUUUGGAUCACUAGAGGAACUGGUCAAGGACGAGGACGCGGAGAAGGAGAAGGAGAAGGGCGAAGAUAAUAAAGUCGAAAAGGAAGAAGAGAAGGAUUGGUAUGAAGAAGAAGGCGAUCCUCCGAUGCUCGCUGAUGGUGACGAGGUUGGGCAGCUGCAGCGUCUCCAGGAGCUCUACAUGCAAUGGCGUGGCAUGCUCGUCGAGGCUAUUCGCAAGGACCUCGACCCGAUCCUCAAGAACGAUGAGUUCCCGGAGGACACCCAGACGGCAGCGCAGCAUAUGGAAGGGGAUGAAAAGGUACAGCGCAAGCGAUUGAGCCAUAUCUACAUGAGCUAUCGCUACAUGCUUCUUGACAAGUUCACCAAGCUGCUCGAUCCUAUUCUCCACGCCAAAAACCAAAAGACCGACUGA